GCACGGGAGGCAUCAUUGGGUCAGAGGUGAGUCACGUGGGUCCUCCCGGUUCCGGCGCUGUAGAGGCCCGGGGAGGUGAACGAGUCUCCGGCACCAUGUCUGAUUUGACUGGCCCACUAGCCUGGCGUGGCCCUUGCCCGUUGGCGUUCCUGCUUUUGUUCCUGCUCGGCCCCAGCUUGGUCCUCACCAUCUCUUUCCAUUUGCCCAUUAACUCUCGCAAGUGCCUCCGCGAGGAGAUCCACAAGGACCUGCUAGUGACCGGCGCGUACGAGAUCACCGACCAGUCUGGAGGCGCGGGCGGCCUGCGCAGCCACCUCAAGAUCACAGAUUCUGCUGGCCAUAUUCUCUACUCCAAGGAGGAUGCAACCAAGGGGAAAUUUGCCUUUACCACUGAAGAUUAUGACAUGUUUGAAGUGUGUUUUGAGAGCAAGGGAACAGGGCGGAUACCUGACCAACUCGUGAUCCUAGACAUGAAGCAUGGAGUGGAGGCAAAAAAUUAUGAAGAGAUUGCAAAAGUUGAGAAGCUCAAACCAUUAGAAGUGGAGCUACGUCGCCUAGAAGACCUUUCAGAAUCUAUCGUUAAUGAUUUUGCCUACAUGAAGAAGAGAGAGGAGGAGAUGCGUGAUACUAAUGAGUCAACAAACACUCGGGUCCUGUACUUCAGCAUCUUUUCAAUGUUCUGCCUCAUUGGACUAGCCACCUGGCAGGUCUUCUACCUGCGUCGCUUCUUCAAGGCCAAGAAGUUGAUUGAGUAAUGAAUGAGGUGCAGUCUCCUCCCACCUUGUAUCUCAGCCAGCAAAACAUCGCUGGGAUGUGCCUGGCCUCAGGCAUCCUACCAACGGCACCAUCGAGGCACAUUGGAGUUUUCUUGCCAGAACUGAUCUCUUUUGUUGUGGGAGGACAUGGGGUACCAACUUAACACCCAACAAGUCAAUGAGGGACUUCUUUUAACUUGGUAGGAUUUGGACUGGUUUUGCAACAAUAGGACUAUUGUUAGAGAUGCCUAUGGCAAAAAAAUUGGGGUUACCUAGAUAAUGCCAAAGCCAGCAUUUGUACUGGGUUUCCUCAUGUGAUCUGUUUGAACCAUGUUUUUCUUUCCUUCUCCCACUUGCUCAUCAGCUUGGGCUUCCACUCUAGUCCUUUCACCAAAAUUUGUAUGACCAUGUUGAACUUGUUUCAUUCUGAUUGUCUUCUUUGGUUUUCUUAUGAAAACACCUUUAACUUUCUCUUGGCUCUUAGCUGAAAUGUUUACGUAGCUUCUAGUGAUAUCUUUUCAUAAUUUUAUGUCUCUUUCAAGGGUGAUUGAUGUGACACCUCAUAAAAGUGAACUUUAAACUGUAGAUAACUCUUAAAAUUUCAUUUUAGACAAUUAAAAUAUUUGUGCUCAACUGCUUGAA